UAGGGUAGCAUUAGGUAGGGGCUGUAAGCACUUACAAGGCGAGCUACUGUCUCGUGGAUGUUUUGCUUAUCUAGCAAGAAGGUCUGGAUGUCGUAUUGAGCGGCCAUUGUUACGAGUUUUAUUUGUUUUUCUAGUUGGUGAUAUAUUCCUGCGUUUGCGCCUGUGACUUAAUCAUUACAAGAUGCUUGUCAUUGUUUAAGACGGAUAGAUAUCGUUAUUUAUACUAAUUAUGCUCUACAAAAAUUAACUACUUGCAAGAUAUCGCUAUAAAACCUGUAUCGGUUAGACCACAUUGUCGAGCUCCUCACAGAGUGCAACUAUCACCAACUUUCCCGGCCUCAACAUUAACACCGUAGGUAUCGGCAGGAUUAUUCAACCGCUAUCCGCAGAUAUCCUUGCAGAUCCGCUAACUCCGGAUGGGGACCGGGGACGGUGCAACUCGGCCCAUUGAUUACGGAAUAGAGACAGGCCCUUCAUUCUGAUUGGUUGCCCUAAUGGUGGAUUCAGGAAGGAUUACACGAUGGGACAAACGAUCGUGAUCCACGCCAUGAACUAAUCAGAUGACCCGCCGUUGUUGGCGGAUAUCUGCCUGACGUCCUCGCGUACAGUACUGUUAUAUAAGACGACAGCGAUAUGAUGUAUUACUUCCAUCUUAUUUCCCAACUCGCUUGCUCCUUGUCUUCAAGAACCCCACGUAGAACCCCAUCAUGUCUUCAGCAACUACCCAAUCCGGCUCAAUCCUGCUGCUCGGCGGCACGGGAAAGGUUGGGAGCCGCAUCGCGCCGCUGCUCCACGCCGCCGGGGUCCCCUUCCUGGUUGCGUCGCGAUCCGGGAGUGCCCCGGACGGCUACACGGGCGUCAAGUUCGACUGGGACGACGAAUCGACGUGGGAGCCCAUCUUCUCGACUCCCAUCUCGGCCAUCCACCUCGUUGCGCCUCGCGCAGAAGCCCAGGAUACCAUCAAGAAAUUCGUGGACCUCGCACUCUCCAAGGGCGUCCCGCGCUUCAUACUGCUAAGCGCCAGCAUAAUCGGCGAGGGAGGACCGCUAGUAGGCAAGGUACACACGUACCUGCGGGAGCUUGGCGAGGCGGGUAAGAUCGAGUGGGGUGUGCUGCGCCCGACUUGGUUCCAAGAAAACUUCCUAUCAGAGCACCACCUCUCGGCCCUCAAGAAGGAGAACAAGAUAUACUCCUCCACCGGACCCGGCCGCAACCCCCGCGCGUUUAGGGAUUUCGUCGAGGCGAACAAGGCGACCUGGGCGCAGAGCUAGAAGUUGGCGGGGUUGGUGCUGGGGAUG